CCGACAACAACAUUGAUGUUGAGUUACGCGCACGGGUGCUGGCUGCCAACCGGUCAUACUACAGCCUGAGGAAAAAUCUUCACUCUAAACACCUGUUGCGACGGACGAAGCUGGGACUGUACAGAACAUUUAUAGUCCCAGUACUCACAUACGCCUCUGAGACAUGGACUCUGUCCAAAACUCACUCUUGCUACGACAGUCAACCUGAACAGACGUGUUCUGCUUGUACUCCCGGUUCAGUGCUUCACCAGUGUUCCUAGUGUUACCUGUUGUAGUGAGAUUUCUCUGUGCCUGUACAGUGUGUAGUGCGACUUGUUGCUGUUACCCUGUGCUGCUGUGCAGUGGUUUCUACCCGGUGUACCUGUGCGGUUUUCCUGUGUUGCUGUGCAGUGUCCUACCAGGUGUUUUUUUAUUUUACCCAGUGUACCUGUGCUAAAAACUAAUCCAGAAGUUCUAUACCUCUCCGUGGUGCGUGCGUGACUUUUGUGCCGUGGUGCUAGUUUUAAGAGCUUUAGAGAAAGAUAGGCCCUGGCAAUUUCAUAAUUUUUGUGUGCUGGUAUUAAAAAAGAGACAAUUUAAGUGAGAAAAAAGACUCGUUUAGUGUAGGUGGUGUGUCGUGGUGAUAUUCUUUAAGUGUAGUGUGAUGCCAGGCCCACCUUCCUACGAGAGGGAUUUUCCCCCUCUCGGCGGGCCCUCCCGAAAUGAGAGGACCCUACCAGACUACAUGGACAAGAACAAUGACCACGGAGACAUGAAGUUCCUUGUCCUACAAACAACCGACGGCUCUCUCCUCCCAAAAAACCCUUUCGUCAUUGGUAAAUCGUUAUCCUUCCUUGCUGGUGAACUUUCCGAACCCGGUAAAGUUAUUGACAACGGCAAAAAACUCCUUAUUAAGACCCGUAGUUCCAAACAAUUUAAAUCGCUACAAACCCUCUCCAAACUCAUUGACGGGACUAGUGUGACAGUGACUCCCCAUACGACCUUGAACAGUGUUCAGUGUGUAAUCUUUUCCCCAGACUUGAAAGACGUUAGUGACGAGACAACUUUAGAAGAACUGAAGGAUCAACGCGUAAUUUCUGUGCGUAGAUUCAAACGUAAAGUGAACAGUGAAUUAGUGCCGAUCAACAUCUUCCUGCUCCGUAUAAACACCACCUCGAUCCCGUCAUUCAUCCGUCUCGGUGCCCUGCAAGUUUCUACCCGACCUUACUACCCAAAACCCAUGAUGUGCUACAACUGCGCUCAUUAUGGACACACCAAGAUGAGCUGCAAGGUAGCUCAAGCCUGCGCCAACUGCGGUACACCUGCCCACGGAGAUUGCCCCGUCGACCCCGUGUGCAUCAACUGCAAAGGAACACAUAACGCCUUCUCCCGUUCCUGUCCCCGCUACCUACAAGAAGAAGCAGUCAUCAAGUACAAAGUAGAUAACAACUGUUCUUACGGAGAAGCCCGUAGAUCUGUUAGUUUGCCUGUAACUCCUUCCCUUGUCCAACAACGAAUUACGUACGCACAACAAACGAUGCAAGACGAAAAAGACAUACUUAUUGCUAAUCUACAAUCACAAAACCAGCAACAAGAAGAACUUAUCAAAACACUAAGAGAAUCAAUCGACAGUUUGAGAAAACAAAUAAACGAACAAGCAUGCCCCUUUUAUUUUAAACCAGCCCUCUGAUCCUACUUCAACUAUUCCACCAUCUGAAGUACCUGAAUUUUUUGAAAAACAUUUUGCAAACGUUUCAGCUACAGAUAAUCCACGAUUCCGCAGACGCAAAUUUUCCGUAGAACAGAUUCCACUUCCCCAAAUAGAUGCCACUAACCAAUGAUACAAUAGACUUUUCUCAAUAGCAGAACUUAACUGGGCCCUUAGGAAAUGUCAAGGCAAAUCUUCCGGCCCUGACAACGUAGGCUAUCCUUUACUUAAAAACCUACCACCGUAUGCAAAACUAACUCUUCUUAAUAUUUACAAUAGUAUCUGGUCCACCGGGAAUAUCCCGGCGGAUUGGAAAACUAGCCUAACCGUACCGAUUCCUAAACCUAACAAAUCAACUAAUGAAAUAGAUAACUACCGUCCUAUCUCGCUCCUUAACUGCAUAGCUAAGGUGUUGGAAAGGAUGGUAAACCGUAGACUAACUCAGGAAUCAGAGGACCGCAAUCUCCUUAGCAAUAACCAGCAUGCGUUCCGGAUGGGUAGAGGCACGGAAACGUACUUUGCCAAGCUGGACGAUCUGCUAGAUAAAGCCACCAGUAGAGAACGUCACAUAGAUCUAGCAAUAAUUGACCUCUCCAAAACUUUUGACCGAACAUGGCGUCACGCCAUCCUUGUACAACUGUCCCGCUGGGGCUUUGGUGGACUUUUAACCAAGUUCAUUGCAAGCUUCCUUACGGACCGGACAUUUAGAGUAUUAAUAGGAACCGAACUAUCCAACCCCUACACACUAGAGAAUGGUGUUCCGCAAGGAGCCAUUCUAUCGCCUACCCUUUUCCUUAUUAGUAUGGAAUCCCUUUUUAGUUUUAUUCCCACAGAAAUCCAAGCAUUCCUCUACGCAGACGAUAUCAUUCUGGCCUCUUCAUCACGUACUGCUUGUGAAUCUCGUAAACUCCUGCAAGCAGGGGUUGACAGGAUUCGACAGUGGUCAAGAUGGACAUGUUAUGAAAUAUCACAUACCAAAUCCAAAAUCCUCCAUAUCUGCAAACACUCUUUCUGCAAACAACGACGAUCUAUUACAUACAACAAUAUACCAAUACCUAACACUGAGAACUGCCGACAUACUCAGCAUAACACUCGACAGACACCUUUCCUUUCUUCCACAUUCCAACAAGGUUAAGAAGGAAGCUAACAGCCGGCUGAACCUGUUCCGCAUGCUCGGAGCUGGCAAAGCUCGGGCCUCCCGAUCAACCUUGAACCGCAUCAUCAACGCCUGGCUCCUACCCAAACUACUCUACGGCAUCGAGAUUGUUUCCCGCGAGCGAGCAACCUUCGAGAAGAGAGUAGCACCCGUCUACCAUACAGCCAUCCGCUACGCCACUGGUGCUUUUGUCACCAGCCCGAUUGUUUCCCUCCUCUGCGA